ACUGCUGUAAGUUGUCUCUGUGUGUGUUUCCAGAGACAACAACCUGGAGGAGUGUGGAGUGGAGCUUUACUUUGCACAGGACAUGGAGAUCCUGGGGAAGGUGUCCACCCACCAGCUGAAAGACGACGGAGAGAAUGAGCUGGUGACGGAGGAGAACAAGGAGGAGUACAUCAGCCUGCUGACAGACUGGAGGUUCACCCGGGGGGUGGAGGAGCAGACCAAGGCCUUCCUGGACGGCUUCAAUGAAGUGGUUCCUCUGGAGUGGCUGCGCUACUUCGACGAGAAGGAGCUGGAGCUGAUGCUGUGUGGGAUGCAGGAGAUAGACAUGGCCGACUGGCAGAAGAACACCAUCUACAGACACUACACCAAGAACAGCAAGCAGAUUCACUGGUUCUGGCAGGUGGUGAAAGAGAUGGACAACGAGAAGAGAAUCCGUCUGCUGCAGUUUGUGACGGGAACGUGCAGACUGCCUGUCGGAGGCUUCACUGAGCUCAUAGGAAGUAACGGUCCCCAGAAGUUCUGCAUAGACAAGGUGGGGAAGGAGACUUGGCUUCCAAGAAGUCACACAUGGUGAGUUUAUCCUUUAAGAAAU